AUGUCUUUCACUGGGACACAACAAAAAUGUAAGGCCUGUGAGAAGACAGUUUAUCCGGUGGAGCUUUUGUCUGCCGAUGGAGUUAGUUAUCACAAGUCUUGCUUCAAAUGCUCUCACUGCAAAGGAACCCUCAAGCUUGGUAGUUACUCAUCCAUGGAAGGUGUAUUGUACUGCAAGCCUCACUUUGAGCAGCUCUUCAAGGAGACAGGCAAUUUCAGCAAGAAUUUUCAGUCACCUGCAAAGUCAGCUGAGAAGUUGACCCCAGAACUGACAAGAUCACCAAGCAAAGCUGCUGGUAUGUUUUCUGGGACACAAGAUAAAUGUGCUACUUGUGGGAAAACAGCUUAUCCUUUGGAAAAGGUGACAGUGGAAAACCAAAGCUAUCACAAGUCUUGUUUCAAGUGUUCGCAUGGUGGAUGUUCUCUAACUCCAUCAAAUUAUGCAGCCCUAGACGGCAUUUUAUACUGUAAACCUCAUUUUUCCCAGCUCUUCAAAGAAAAAGCUCUCUCUCUCUCUGCAAGAUGGGGCUUGUUUGCGUGGUGGGUUGCAUUAAGUUGCCGCAAUUGUGAUAUCCGUGACAAAAAAGGUGUGAGGUUCUCCACUAGAGGUGACAUUGGUACAGCUAACACAGUCUUUGAGGCAAAAUACCUCGGCAGACGACCCAGAAGAUACUACUGUUAUAGAGAUGGGGCAAUCCGUUACACAGACAUUUGUGCUGAGGUUAAUGAACUCCUUUGCAAAGGCCACCCCACUUGCAAGCCGAGUGACAAUCAGCAUGCUUCUAAACUUCCAGUCGUAAAUUGCUGA